AUGACAUUAGGCUUUAUAUCAAAGUCCCUAAUGAAAUUAUCCUUGGUUUUUGAUGAAUCUGAUGAUGAUAUUUGUGGAUCCUCAACAACAAGUAUCUCUUUGAUUGCUUCAGGCAUGCUUUGCUAUAACAUGAGUAGUGUGAAGGUGGAAAACAGGACCUGGAAAGUGGAUGCUGGUAGUAGAUCGAUUGAUCAUGAGCUGACAACACUAUCAAGUGCCAACCACAUUGAAAUGAGUCCAAAUGAUGCAGGUUUUCAGGAUAGAUACAUUGUUCAAGAAAUAAUCAAAGAAAUGGCUAAGAAUAGACCUAUUGAUACCAAAGGGAAGAAAGGAUAUAAAGUACUGGUGCUCAAUGAUGUGGACAAACUCUCUAGAGAAGCACCACAUUCUCUCCGCCAAACCAUGGAGAAGUACAGUGCUUAUUGCAGAUUGAUUCUGUGUUGCAAUAGUUCUUCAAGAGUCACAGAAGCUAUCUGCUCUCGUUGUCUGAAUGUGCGAAUAAAUGCACCAAGUGAAGAUAAGAUUGUUGAAGUUUUGGAAUUCAUUGGUAAGAAAGAAGGGCUGCAUCUUCCCCCUGGUUUUGCUAGUCGCAUAGCAGAGAAAUCAAAUAGAAAUUUAAGGAGGGCCAUGUUGUCUUUUGAGACUUGCCGUGUACAACAGUAUCCUUUCACUAACAAACAAGCAAUUCCCCCAAUGGACUGGGAGGAAUAUAUUUCCGAAAUUCCAUCUGAUAUAAUGAAGGAACAGAGCCCAAAAGGUUUGCUUUAUACAGAGUUUACCCUCUAGAUUUUCCUCAUAAAUAUUUUGC